AUGGCCACAAAGAAGAAAAAGUCCCACAGCAUCAAAGGAUUCCGUGGCUCGCAGGAAAGCCACCAUGCUUCUACCAAUGACGCGAUACGAUUGAGACCAGAAAAUGUCGGCGCACUCGUUCACGAUGAAAGCGACACAAUAUCGUACAGAGUUUAUCUAACGCAAAAUGUGAUCAAGGCCAGUGAAAUGAUUGACAUUCUAACGACACAAAACGUGCCACAGUUAAAGGUACUUCCACCGCGCAUUUACCGAAACUUAAAUGUGGAAGCUGUCCAAGACAGUGUGGCGGCUGAAAAGGAAGAAAUAAGCAGACUAGAGACGCUACUUCAAAAUCAUAAAUUUGAGAUGCCUCUGGGGUUUGCAAAAUUGAGUGAGAUGUCAGCUGCUUUGGUCGGAGAAGACGUCAAAUGCGAAUCGAUGGCCGCGAUAGAGAAAGAAUACAUGGCCCAGUUUGGGAAACGUCUCCAAAAUGAUCGGGUUGUGGUUCAUUAUAAGCAGUUUCCGCAAUUACGUGGUGAUCUGUCUGAGGCAUCAGCCGAUUAUUGGGAGAAACGCCGCGAGAUCGUGGCCAAGCAAAAGGAGGAGGAAGCCAAACUAAAGGCUGUACAAGAACAGGAGGAGGAACUAAAGAGGCAAGAGGAAGAAACUGCUAGGCUGCGACAGAGGCAGGAGGAAGAGGCAAUGUUCUCGGAUCCUUUCGGUCAGCAACAGCAGCAGAACAAUCAGCAGAUUCCCGGCGGAGUGAUGGCAUACAGUGGAAGCGGUGUUGAGAGCCAGCAACAGCAGACCGACGCUUCCCAACAAGGGAUUUUGGGCUCAAUAUUUGGAGACAUGAAUGGGGAAAAUUUUAAUAAUGGGUUUGAAGAUGAGUUCGGUGAGUUGGACACCGCCUUUUUCUAG